CUGUGUUCUGUGCUGACCAGGCAGCUGAGCGAGGUGUCACGAUGAGCCACCAGGCAGCAAAGUCCUUCAAGAAAUCUUCUGUCCCAGGAGUUACCAUCACCCAGUUUGUGGAUGAUGUUCCAGAAGGAUGCAGCACCCCUGACUUUGAACGGAAACCUGUCACUCUGACGUUGCAGGAAGGUAAAAAUGCACUUUUCAGAGCUGUGGUCAAAGGUGUCCCAACCCCUGAUGUGAAAUGGACACGAGUACAAGGAGGAAUGGAUGAUCCUGUCAAGUACAACACAUUCUUCAAUCAUGCCACAAAUGAAUUCGUUCUGCAGGUGAACAAACUGACUGUAGAUGACAGCGACUUGUAUCGUUGCUUUGCUGUGAAUGAAUACGGGGAAGCUGCGUGCUCUGCUGCCCUCAGGGUCAUACAAGUUGGCUUUAAGAGGAAAGCAAGACACGUUCCUGUUCGUCCUGCUGAUGAGUUAAAGGAGAAACUUCAGGACUUCAGGAAGCUGCUGAGGAAGCGGGCCCCAGUUCAAAAACCAAAACCCUUGGACAAAGAAGCAGUGUGGCAGCUGCUGCUGCAUGCAGACAAGAGGGACUAUGAGAAGAUCUGUAUGAAAUAUGGGAUUGUGGACUUCCGUGGGAUGCUGAGAAGGCUGCAGGAGAUGAGGAAGGACACAGAGACUGAACAGGAACAGUUAAUCCACAGUCUCAAAAACUUGACACACAUCAAAGUCAACAAGGAGGGACAUGCUACAUUCAGUCUGGAGAUGGACCUGAAAAAUCCUAACAGCAAAGUUUAUCUGCUUAAGGAUGGUGAGAGGCUCAGGUAUGGGACAGGGGAUGAAUACAGAAAGCACUGCCUGAAGCAAAUAGGAAAAAAGUAUCAUUUCAUUGUCAAUGAUGUGCAGCCAGAAGAUGCAGGUUUGUACCAAGUCAGAGUGGAGGAUGUACCUGUCUUCUCAACUGCACUAGAUCCUGAAGCCAUCCCUGUGAGGUUUCAGCAGCCGCUCGGUGACGUGCGUUGUCCUGAGGAAGAAGAUGCCGUCUUUGAGUGCAUCCUACGCACCCCCUGCCACGAAGCUGUGUGGCUGCACAAAACCCACCCUCUGCAGCAGAGUGAGAAGCACCAGAUCUCUGUAACUCCUGAUGGCCUGACCCACCAGCUGAUUGUCAAGCACGUGGGACCCUCUGACAACGGCAUGUACACGCUGGACACUGGGCUUCUCUCCUCAAACGCCUGGCUUGUGGUGGAGUAUGCUAAAGGAAAGAAGAGACAGGGUGAAGGAGGUGAAAGAGAGAAGUCUGAGUGGCUGAAAGAGACAGUGGCAGAUAAUGACAGGGCUAAGAAGCUCCGACGCAGAGAAUAUGAUGGUGAUGAAGAACAUCUUAUGGACACUGGCAUGGAAAAAGAUGGCUGGAGCAGGAAUGGUCAAGGUGGCAGCCAAGGCCACUCCAUUGAUGUUGAUGGAAGCCUUAGACUGGGAAAAGAUGGGCUACGUGGAGCACAUAGAAAUGAAAGAAUGGAGUUUGGGCAGUUCUCUGGAGCAGGGCUAGAUGAAGACUCAAUGACAAAUGAUGGCAGUGGCCUGGGAAUAAAAGGCUUGGGAGGCAAAGGUGGAUUAAGGCCUUUCCAUGGCUCUAUGACAGGCAGGGCAGCUUCUGGUGAUGAAUUGGGAGGAGGAGGUGAAUGGUAUUCUGUGGAAGGCAGAGGUGAUGGUAUGCUGGAAGCUGGUGAUACUGACAUGGGUGAUGUUGUGCACUCUCAGCGUGACAAAGGUGGUAAUUUAGGUGAUGCCAGCUACAGAGCUGGCUUUGGAGGUGUUGGGAGAUCAGGUACUACUGAUGGAAGUUCUGUGUUAGAUGGACUCCAUCCUGAUUCAACCAGAGUGGGAGGUGGUAAGGGUCAACUAUUGAGUGGUACUACACCGGGGUCUGGAGCUAGCAAGAAUGGUGCAGGUACAGAGACUGCAGGAGGGGGAAACUUCCCCUAUGGCAAGGAUGGCCUGGCACUUCAUGCUAGUGGUCAUUUAGGUCAGGCAGGAAGGUCUGGCUUGCUGUAUGGCCCAGAUGGUCUUAAAGCUGGAGAUGGUGCUAUAACUGGUGCAGAUGGCAGUUCUGUAGGGCAAAUGGAGGCUUUGCAUGGUCCAGAUGGGUGGCCAGUGAGAGCAGGUGUUGGUGGUGCUGGUGCAGGGGGAGUUGGGUCUCUAUAUGGAAAGGAUGGGGGAGUUGGGGGUCUCUAUGGAAAGGAUGGGCUCCCAGCUGGUGUUGGUGGUGCUGGUGUAGCUGGGGCAGGGGGAGUUGGGGGUCUCUAUGGAAAGGAUGGGCUCCCAACUGGAGCUGGUGGAGCUGCUGGAGCUGGUGCAGGGGGACUUGGGUCUCCAUAUGGAAAGGAUGGUCUGCCAGCUGGAGCAGGGGGAUUUGGAUCUCUCUAUGGAAAGGAUGGUCUCCCAGCUGGAGCUGGUGGAGCUGGAGCUGGUGCAGGUGCAGGGGGUGUUGGGUCACCAUAUGGAAAGGAUGGUCUCCCAGCUGGAGCUGGUAUUGAUGGUGCUGGUGUAGCUGGUGCAGGGGGAGUUGGGGGUCUCUAUGGAAAGGAUGGUCUCCCAGUUGGAGCUGGUGGUGCUGGUGUAGCUGGUGCAGGGGGAGUUGGGUCUCCAUAUGGAAAGGAUGGUCUCCCAGCUGGAGCAGGUUUUGGUGGUGCUGGUGGAGCUGGUGCAGGGGGAGUUGGGGGUCUCUAUGGAAAGGAUGGUCUCCCAGUUGGAGCUGGUGGUGCUGGUGUAGCUGGUGCAGGGGGAUUAGGGUCUCCAUAUGGAAAGGAUGGUCUCCCAGCUGGAGCAGGUUUUGGUGGUGCUGGUGGAGCUGGUGCAGGGGGAGUUGGGUCUCCAUAUGGAAAGGAUGGGCUCCCAGCUGGAGCUGGUAUUGGUGGGGUAGCUGGUGCAGGGGCAUUUGGUGGAACUGGCAUUGGUGGUGCUGGUGUAGCUGGUGCAGGGGGAGUUGGGUCUCUCUAUGGAAAGGAUGGGCUCCCAGCUGGUGUUGGUGGUGCUGGUGUAGCUGGUGCAGGGGGAGUUGGGGUUCCCUAUGGAAAGGAUGGUCUCCCAACUGGAGCUGGCAUUGGUGGUGCUACUGGAGCUGGUGCAGGGGGAGUUGGGGGUCUCUAUGGAAAGGAUGGGCUCCCAGCUGGUGUUGGUGGUGCUGGUGGAGCUGGGGCAGGGGGAUUUUGGGGUCCCUAUGGAAAGGAUGGUCUCCCAACUGGAGCUGGUGGAACUGGAGCUGGUGCAAUUGGAGCUGGUGCAGGGGGACUUGGGUCUCCAUAUGGAAAGGAUGGUCUCCCAGCUGGAGCUGGUAUUGGUGGUGCUGGUGUAGCUGGUGCAGGGGGAUUAGGGUCUCCAUAUGGAAAGGAUGGUCUCCCAACUGGAGCUGGCACUGGUGGUGCUGCUAGGGCUGGUGCAGGGGGACUUGGGUCUCUGUAUGGAAAGGAUGGUCUCCCAGCUGGACCUGGUAUUGGUGGUGCUGGUGUAGCUGGUGCAGGGGGAGUUGGGGGUCUUUAUGGAAAGGAUGGUCUCCCAGCUGGAGCUGGUGUAGCUGGUGCAGGUGCAGGGGGAUUAGGGUCUCCAUAUGGAAAGGAUGGUCUCCCAGCUGGAGCAGGUAUUGGUGGUGCUGGUGUAGCUGGGGCAGGGGGAGUUGGGUCUCCAUAUGGGAAGGAUGGUCUCGCUGCUGGAGCUGCUGGAACUGGUGGUGCUGGUGUAGCUGGUGCAGGGGGAGUUGGGUCAUCAUAUGGAAAGGAUGGUCUCCCAGCUGGAGCAGGUAUUGGUGGUGCUGGUGGAGCUGGUGCAGGGGGAGUUGGGUCUGUCUAUGGAAAGGAUGGUCUCCCAGCUGGAGCUGGUGGAGCUGGAGCUGGUGGAGCUGGUGCAGGGGGAGUUGGGUCUGUCUAUGGAAAGGAUGGGCUCCCAGCUGGAGCUGGUGGAGCUGGAGCUGGUGCAGGUGCAGGGGGAGUUGGGUCUGUCUAUGGAAAGGAUGGGCUCCCAGCUGGAGCUGGUGGAGCUGGAGCUGGUGCAGGGGGAGUUGGGUCUGUCUAUGGCAAGGAUGGUCUCCCAGCUGGAGCUGGUGGAGCUGGAGCUGGUGCAGGUGCAGGGGGAGUUGGGUCUGUCUAUGGCAAGGAUGGUCUCCCAGCUGGAGCUGGUGGAGCUGGAGCUGGUGCAGGUGCAGGGGGAGUUGGGUCUGUCUAUGGAAAGGAUGGGCUCCCAGCUGGAGCUGGUGGAGCUGGAGCUGGUGCAGGUGCAGGGGGAGUUGGGUCUGUCUAUGGAAGGGAUGGUUUCCCAGCUGGAGCUGGUGGAGCUGGAGCUGGUGCAGGUGCAGGGGGAGUUGGGUCUGUCUAUGGAAAGGAUGGGCUCCCAGCUGGAGCUGGUGGAGCUGGAGCUGGUGCAGGUGCAGGGGGAGUUGGGUCUGUCUAUGGAAAGGAUGGGCUCCCAGCUGGAGCUGGUGGAGCUGGAGCUGGUGCAGGGGGAGUUGGGUCUGUCUAUGGAAAGGAUGGGCUCCCAGCUGGAGCUGGUGGAGCUGGAGCUGGUGCAGGGGGAGUUGGGUCUGUCUAUGGAAAGGAUGGGCUCCCAGCUGGAGCUGGUGGAGCUGGAGCUGGUGCAGGUGCAGGGGGAGUUGGGUCUGUCUAUGGAAGGGAUGGUUUCCCAGCUGGAGCUGGUGGAGCUGGAGCUGGUGCAGGUGCAGGGGGAGUUGGGUCUGUCUAUGGAAAGGAUGGGCUCCCAGCUGGAGCUGGUGGAGCUGGAGCUGGUGCAGGUGCAGGGGGAGUUGGGUCUGUCUAUGGAAAGGAUGGUCUCCCAGCUGGAGCAGGUAUUGGUGGUGCUGGUGGAGCUGGUGCAGGGGGAGUAGGGUCACCAUAUGGAAGGGAUGGUCUCCCAGCUGGAGCUGUGGCAGGAGGUGCUCAUUUUCCCUUGGGAGGUGAAGAAGGAGUGGGAUCUCGCUAUGGCAGGGAGGGUGGGCUGAGCAGAGAUCGAGGUUCUGUAGGUGGAGCCAGAGGCUUGUCCUCAGGAGGUGCUGUCAGUGGCUCUGCAGCUCGGGGUGUUGAGUCAGGACAUGGUAAGGACAGUGGGUCAGCUGGAGCCAGGGCUGGUGUGGGUGGUGUUGGCAGGCUGGGGGAUGAAAGGGAGCUGCGUUCAGUGGGUGCUAAGGAUGGUGUGGCAGGUGCUGAAUAUGGGCUGGAUGCACAUCGUGGCAAAUCCACGGGAGCUGAGCCUGGGAAGGACACUGCCAGUGAUUUCAGUGGAUCAGGGGACAAAGGUUCCUCUGCUGGCAGAGGUUCACUUUCAGAUGGAGGUGCCAGGAGCCAGGGCAGAGAUUUAGGUCAGUUGGGCUCCCUCUAUGGCAAAAAUUCCAGCUUUGGAGGGACAGGGAGUAAAUCCCAUAACAGAUCCGUUGGUGGGAGGAUUUCAGGUGGUUUUGGUCCAGGUUCAUUGGGUUAUGGUCAGAUGUCAGAUCUUUUUGGUGGACCUUCUUUAAUAAGCCAGAGAAAACAGGAACCUGACCUUGAUAUCAGAGCAAACGAUUUCCUGAAGAGCACAGACAGCGUGGGCAGGAGACGGAACUACUGCCUGGAUGAUCUGAGAGCACCACGCUGUCAUGUCAACAAACAAUUACUGAAUGUCAGAGCCCUGAAAGGGGACCCAGUUGAGCUGUCCUGCGCUCUCAGUAAAGACGAUGUGACAGGAACCUGGUUUAAAGAUGGAUUAAAGUUAACAAGCAUGGAUGGAGUCGUUUUUGAAAAGCAAGGUCUAGUCCACAAACUAAUCAUUAACAAACUGGAAGAUAUUCAUGCUGGGAAAUACAGGUUCCAAGGUGGAGAUAUAAAAACUGAAGCUACAAUUUUUGUUGAAGAUCCUCCACGGGUCGACCAAGUUCUCCUCAAAAACUUAACAAGUGUUCCUACUGUGGCCAAGGCAGGACAGAAGGUCCAGAUCAAGAUCCCUUUCGAGGGCCGGCUGCCAGUCAGAGCAACGUGGCUGAAGGACAGGAUGGAGCUGGCGGAUGACACGAGAAUCCGUGUUGACAAGACAGACACCUUCACCAUGCUGUCCAUCCCCAGCAGUGAGAGAAAGGACUGUGGGGAUUACAAAGUCAGGCUGAAGAAUGACAGUGGGGUCUUGGAGAUCAACUUAAAGCUUGUGGUAUUAGACAAGCCCCAGCCACCUACAGGACCCAUCAAAAUCGUAGAAAGCUCUGCAAAUGACAUCAGCAUCCAGUGGAAGCCCCCGAAGGACAAUGGGGGCAAACCAGUGCAAAGCUACAUUGUCGAGAGGCAGCAGGUAGGCAAAAACGACUGGGUGACUUUGGGAGAAACCCCCAGGAGCUGCACCACCUUCACUACUAACAAAGUGGAACAAGACAUGAUCUACUACUUCAGGGUGAGAGCUGUGAAUGCUGAGGGAAGUAGUGAUGCCCUGGAAUCAGAUGAAGUGAAGGCUGUGGGUAAAGCUUCUCCUGCUGCCCCAGAUCCCCCUGAGAUUGUCAGUGCCAGCAAAGACAACAUCACCAUUUGCUGGAAAGCCCCUCAGAGAAGUGGCAGCUCCCGGAUCGUGGGGUACGUCGUUCAAAAGCGUAAGAAGGGCACCGUGACCUGGCUGCCAGUCAACAGUGUGCCCAUAGCAGAGAAGAAGCUGAAAGUAACCAAUCUCAAGAAAGGUCUACAGUAUGAAUUCCGUGUGGCAGCUGUCAAUGCUGCUGGUGUAGGAGAUGCCAGUGAACCCUCACAGCCUGUCUUUGCACGUGAUUCCACAAAACGUCUGGGUCAAGUGCAGGACCUUAAAGUGAGCAGCAGUGACAGCACCAGUGUCACCUUGACAUGGAAGAGACCUGAAGCAAAAGAUGGGAGUGAUGUGAAAGGCUAUGAGGUGGAGAUGCGGUCUUCUAACAACACCAACUGGACCAAAUGCAAUAGUCUUCCCAUAGAGGCCACCACUUACACAGUUAAAGGCCUCCAAGCCAAGGAGAAGUACUUUCUACGUGUGAGAGCCCUCAAUGACAGCGGGCCAGGAGAAGCUGCAGAGCUUGAAGCUUGCAUGGAAGCCACUCACCCUGUAGUUUCUCCCAGGUUACUCAUAGAUGACACAGUGAAAAACCUCCUGGUGAUAAAAGCAGGAAAUGCCAUCAGAGUGAAUGUUCCAUUUGAGGGUUAUCCAGAGCCAGUGGUGACUUGGUUAAAGGAUGGGCUUCCCCUCACAAACCGGGCUGCAGUCAGCACCAAAGAUGGUACCACACAGCUGCUGGUUGGAGCAGCUGAGUUCCCUGACAGUGGCACCUACACUGUGUCUCUCCAGAAUGCUUCAGGGAAAAGACAAACAUUCAGUUUCCAGGUUCAAAUUACAGAUAUCCCCCAGCCACCUGGAGCCAUCCACUUGGAAGAGAAUGUGCCAAAUACAGUGACAGUAACCUGGGAGCCAUCCCCAUCUGAGAAAUGGGAGCACAAUCUCUACUACACAGUCCUGAAAUGUGAAUCCCAGAAGGGCUCGUGGCGUGUGGUGGGUGACCUGAUCUACACCAACAAGUUCACGUUCACCAAGCUGAUCCCAGGCCGGGAGUAUCACUUCAGGGUUGUGGCAAGGAACAACCUGGGAGUCAGUGAUCCAUCUGAAACUGAGCAGCCUUGGAGGAUCAAAAAACAAAAGGCUGAAUUUCAAGUCAGGCCACAGAAAUACAGGGGAAUCAAUCCCAACCAGCCCCCGAGGAUCCUCGUCCCGCUGAAGCCUCACGUGGUGCCGACGGGGAGCGAGUGCCACAUGAGCUGUGCAGUGGGAGGCCACCCCCGGCCCAAGGUCACCUGGUACAAGGACAGCAGAGACCUCUCCAAUGAUCCAACCUACUUCUGCACUAAUGACUUUGGUGUCUGCUCCCUGGUGGUCUUGGGUGUCUCCAAACAGGAUGAAGGGGAAUAUAUGAUAGAAGCCACCAAUGAACUGGGCCGUGCCUUCAGCAAAGCCUUCCUCACUAUUAAAGACUCCAGCCUGUAGCAUGGCCUUGCUGAGAACAUCCCUGCACUACCCUGUGAAGCUCCUCUUGAGAACUGGCUGGCUGUGAAGGCUGUGUAUUCAU